UCACUUGGUAAGCGACCGCGUCAGCUGCAGACAGUUGGGGUAACGUGAUUAUUUUCAACCCCGAAAAUGGUCAAAUCAGGGAAACUUCGAUCUGGGACGGGGACUAAACUAAAACGAUGGAAGAAGGGACACAGCAGCGACUCAAACCCGGAGACGAGUCGCUUCCGACAGGCUGCAAAAAGCCGCUUCUUCAGCCGACCCUCCGGAAGGAAUGACCUAACAGUUGAUGCUCUGAAGCUGCACAAUGAUCUGCAGGCUGGUCCGCUUGAGAUUGGUAGCCGUAAGGAUGCCCGCAUGGAAGAGGAGCCAGACGAGGCGUUUUCAGAUAGGACGUCAGGAACCUUCCUCAGCGGCCUGUCCGACUGCUCCAACCUGACCUUCAGGAAGGUGCAGCGCUACUGGGAGUCCAAUUCAGCUGCUCACAAAGAGAUCUGUGCGGUACUGGCAGCUGUUACAGAGGUUAUCCGUAGUCAAGGAGGAAAGGAGACUGAAACAGAGUACUUUGCUGCUUUGAUGACCACUCUUGAGGUCGUGGAUACGACAGAGUCUCAGGCUGCAGUGGCGUAUCUCCUCAACCUUGUCAUGAAACGGGUUCCGGCUCCAGUGCUCAUGUCUAAGUUCUCUGACACCACCAAGGCUCUGAUGGACGUCAUGUCCAAACAGGCCACGUCUGAGUCUGCCUCUGCGCUCAGAUGGAUCCUGUCAUGCCUGGCCACUUUGCUGAGGAAGCAGGAUGUAUCUGUCUGGACUUACCCGUCUACUCUUCAGGCUUACCACGGACUGCUCAGCUUCACAGUGCACAGCAAGCCUAAGGUCCGUAAAGCUGCACAGCAAGGAGUCUGCUCCAUUCUCAGAGGUAGCGACUUCCUGUUUAGAGAUAAUGCCCCGACCCAUCACCCUGCAGCAGGAACCACAGCCAAGUUCUGCAUGAAAGAAAUGGAACAGGCAGGAGGCAGCAAAGAGGACACCACCACUCUUCAUGUGCUGGGUCUUCUGAAGGAGUUGAUGGGGACGUUUCCUCUGGGAGCGGUCAAGUCCUGUUGUGAGACUCUGCUGCGAGUGAUGACACUCAGCCAUGUGCUGGUGACAGCGAGUGCCAUGCAGUCCUUUCAUAGGCUAUUCAGCGGGAAGCCGAAUGCUGCAACCCUCUCACCAGAACUCAACGCACAGAUCAUCACGGCUCUGUACGACUACCUGCCCAGUGAGAACGACCUGCAGCCGCUGCUGGCCUGGCUCGCUGUCAUGGAGAAAGCACAUGUUCACUUGGCAGGUUUGCAGAGCUCUUUGAGUUUUGGUCACCUCCCUCGCCUCUUCUCUGCUGCCAUGUCCUGCCUGCUGUCGCCUCAUACACAGGUGGCUUCUGCAGCAACCAAUACACUAAAGACUUUGCUGACUGAAUGUGUAGCCCCUCACAUGGAGGAAAUGGGCAUGAUCACUGCCACAGCCUCUGCAGGGAACCCAUCCUAUGUCUGCAAAAUGUUUCGCAUCGUAGAGGAAGGCUUGUCCUAUCGCUACCAUGCCUCCUGGCCAUUUGUGCUGCAGAUCCUGGGUUGCUUCUAUCGGUCUAUAGGGAAACGUGCUCACCCCAUCAUGACCAAGUCCCUGCAGUCUCUAGCAGACCUGCGCGCCACUCCUCAUUUCCCCUUCAUCGGAGAGUUGGACCUGGCUGUAGGAGGUGCUGUAGCGAGCAUGGGGCCUGAAGUGGUGCUGGGCGCUGUUCCUCUCAACAUCACCGGCUUUGAGGAUGACUUGGAGUUCCCUCGCAGUUGGCUGAUCCCGGUCAUACGGGAUCACGUGAAGAACACUCACCUCGCUUUCUUCUCUUCUUAUUUCCUCCCUCUGGCUUCCACACUCAAGCAGAGAGCUGAUGAAUUGGAGCAACCAGGACAUAAACUUGAGGCCAAAGUCUACGGGACAUUACAGACGCAGAUUUGGACCAUGCUUCCUGGUUUCUGUACGUGUCCUGUAGACCUGCUGGUUUCGUUCAAAGGCUUAGCCCGCACACUCGGUACGAUUAUUAACGAGCGACCGGACCUGAGGCUCACAGUGUGCCAGGCUCUACGCACUGUCGUCAACAAGAGCUGCUCCACCGAGGAAGAAAAGGCUGAAGUGGGCCGCUUCUCCAAGAACUUCCUGCCAAUCCUUUUCAACGUGUACGGCCAGCAGCCGGCAGCUGGAGAGUCCUCCACCUACAGGAUGGCCGUACUAGACACCAUCAAGGUCUACCUAACUGUCACUGAAACACAGCUGGUCGGCACGUUCCUGCAAAAAGCCACAGACAAACUGAGCAGCUCGGACACCACAGAGUUCACACGGCUGUCAAUGAUGGACCUUGUGGUGGCCAUGGCUCCUGCUGUAGAUGUGGCCACCAUGACUAAAACCUUUGAGCUGAUUAGGCCAUAUUUGGAGUGCAAAGAGGCAGGCAUGCAGAAGAAGGCAUACCGUGUGCUGGAGGAGAUGUGUGGAGGAGAGAGAGAGGAGUGCAGAUCCUUUGUCGUUGCCAAUCUGGAAACACUCAAAGUGGUCCUGCUCGACACUCUGAAGAAGGCCUCAUCGCCGGCCAAAAGGCCACGACUCAAGUGUCUGACCCACAUUGUGAAGGGGCUCACUGAAGAACACAAAGACUUUAUCCCAGCCCUUCUGCCAGAGGUGAUUAUAUGCACCAAGGAGGUGUCUGCUGGAGCGCGUAAGAAUGCCUACACUCUGCUGGUGGAAAUAGGAAAAGCAUUUGUCCGCUUCUGUGGGAACACAAAAGAUGCCUUGGAGGAGUAUUUGAUGCUGGUGUACGCAGGACUCACAGGCUCCGUCACCAUGAUCACCUGCACAGUGUUGGCUCUAACUCGACUGAUGUUUGAAUAUAAAGACGCUAUAGACACGAACACCAGGGAGCAGCUGCUGCACAACAUCUGUCUGCUGCUCACCUCUCGUACCAGGGAGAUAGUCAAAGCCGCCUUAGGCUUCAUCAAGGUCAUCCUCUUCAUCAUGGACCCCAAGACGCUCGCAUCCCAUGCCUCUGUCAUGAUGGAGGGAGUUGGGAGCAUCAAAGACGAUGUGAGGAGGCACUUCAGAACCAAACUGAAGAACAUCUUCACCAAGUUCAUCAGGAAGUUUGGUUUCGAGCUAGUGAAGAGCAUGCUGCCUGCAGAACACCACAAGGUGCUUGCAAACAUCCGCAAGGCUGAAGCUCGCACCAAGAGGCAGAAGCAGGUGGCGGAGCAGAACGAUGAUUCUGAGAGCGAAAAUGAGAACCCUAAAACCAAGAGCCAAAGUAUUGAGGACAUCCUUGCAGAGUCGGACAGUGAUAUGUCAGAAGAUGAAGGAAAGGCUCGUAAAGCUCAGAAGAAAGGAGGCAAACCGCAGAAAGCACGGGCCUGGCUCAAAGAAGGAGAGGAAGAUGACCCGCUUAACUUCCUGGAUCCUACGGUUUCCCAGAGAGUGCUAGCCACCAACCCAAAACUGAAAAAGAGUGCCAAGGUUGAGCAUGGUUUCAAGGUGACAUCAGACGGACGGCUGAUCAUCAGAGAGGAUGAAGAGCACGAUGGAAAGGAUGACGAUGAGGGAGAGAUGAAGGAUAUCUUAGAAGAGGCUGGAGUCAAAAGU